CAAGAGGUGAAUCUUCUCUCUCGCAGGAUCAGAGGUUGCAGCAAUGGAACUGAUGUCAACAUCAGUUGGCAAAUUUACAGUUGAUCUUUUCAACAAGCUGAAUGAGAACAACAAAGGCAAAAAUAUUUUCUUUUCCCCUUGGAGUAUAUCAUCUGCUCUGGCUCUGACGUACCUGGGUGCAAAAGGCAAUACAGCAACAGAGAUGGCAGAGGUUCUUCAUUUCACUCAAGCAGCAAGAGAUGAAGGCUCUUCUUCUGUGGCCAGACCUUCUCGGGGGCGACCAAAGAGAAGAAAAAUGGACCCUGAGCACAAGCAAGCUGAAGACAUCCAUUCUGGCUUCAAGCAGCUCCUGACUGCUAUCAACAAACCCAGAAGCACCUACUCGCUGAAAAGUGCCAAUCGAAUCUACGUGGAAAAAACCUUCCUAUUACUGCCUAGAUACAUACAGCUCAGUAAGAAGUACUACAAAGCAGAGCCAGAGAAGGUUAACUUUAAGACAUCACCAGAACCAUCCAGAAAGCAAAUUAAUGCUUGGGUUGAAAAACAAACUGAGGGAAAAAUAAAGAACUUGCUGGGUUCACAAGAUGUGACAAAAACCACCAUGCUGAUCCUGGUAAAUGCCAUUUACUUCAAGGCAGAAUGGGCAACGAAAUUUCAAGCAGGAAAAACAGAUCUUCAACCCUUUCGACUGAGCAAGAACAAGACCAAGCUUGUGAAGAUGAUGUACAUGAGGGAUACAUUUCCAGUUCUCAUAAUGGAAACAAUGAAUUUUAAAAUUAUUGAGUUGCCGUAUGUGAAACAUGAACUCAGUAUGUUCAUCCUCCUUCCUGAUGACAUCAAAGACAGCACAACGGGUCUUGAACAGCUGGAAAAAGAACUGACGUAUGAGAAGCUAUCCAAAUGGACUGAUUCCAAGAAGAUGACUGAAACUCUUGUGGAUCUGUACCUACCUAAGUUCAAAAUGGAGGAGAGAUACGACAUCAGUGAUAAUCUGAUCAGCAUGGGGAUGCACAGUGCCUUCAGCAGCAAUGCUGAUUUCACUGCAAUGUCUGAGAAGAGUGGUGUUCAGAUCUCCAAAGUUUUUCACAAGUCUUUUGUUGCAGUUGAUGAGGAAGGUACUGAGGCAGCUGCUGCUACUGCUGUAAUUGUAGAACUAGGAAGUGCACCUGUCAGCCAUGUUCUGAAAUUUAGGGUUGACCACCCUUUCCACUUCUUCAUCAGACACAACAAAUCCAAGACCAUCCUCUUUUUUGGCAGAUUCUGCUCUCCCCUAGAAUGAGUUCCCAAGGUUAGCUAUUCAAGGAAAAAAUGUGAACUGCAGUGUUGAAAGCUCAUCCUUAAGCCAUGUAGACAUAUCUACUGAAAGUAUAUGCCAUUUUUCUUCCUCCUCCAAGUUAGGCAGUACCAACAAUUCACCCUGUGCCUCAAAGAUUAUCCCUCUACUGCUCCUUUCCAUUGUCCUAAUAAGACAACCCUCCACAGAAAACAGAGUGCAGUUUUGGUCCCUUGCAUAAAACCCACUCUCCUCGCUUUAUUGUUUGAGAGUAAGGUGGAGCCACAAAAGCUUGCUGCACACAGGCCAUCAUCUAGCCCCAUGCCAAGUGCUGACUUCAAGGGAAAUACAGUUCAUCCGGAAUCUCCCAGAGGAAAAAAACCCCUCAAAGAAAGAAAGAAACAAAAAAUGUGUAGAAAGCUAUAUGCUCUCUUUCACUCAUUGGGAAAUCUUCAUUUGCAUUACAAUGUAGUUUCCUUGUGUUCACUUAAAAUUUAAAGACUGUUGGAAAUUAACAAACCCAGAAUAAUCUUAAAAGACCCUUCACCUUCCCCUGUCCAUAUACAGACACAUUAUUAAUUCUCUCCUGCCCUUGCAGCUUCAUGAAAAAAAUGAGGCAGAGAGGAAAAAUGGUCCAGUCCUUAUAAUUUAAUUGCUGAUUUCUAAUCACACUGUAUUUUUUCCUAAUUUUUCCAAACUUUGUAGAUUAAGAUUGCUGAGUGUUCCAACCAGCAAAAUGCUAAGAAAAUUACUAGCAACAUGCUUCUUGCUACCUCUAAUUGAUACGUAACCCAAACCCUCCAGAAUUUAGACCUGCUUCCUCUUUUUAAUUUAACCUAAUUCUACCUGCUUCCUGGCUAAUAUCUGCACAGCUUCCUUGCUGCUGGCA